AUGCGUGGUGAAGAUCGUGGAUUCGAAAAAGCUCUCGAUUGGAUCUUGCCGGAAGGUUGUCGACAGAAGCCUCGGCCUUCCAACUCCUCUGGUCCGCUCUCCGUCGGAAAGACUCCAUCUCGUGCAUCCACUACAAUUACGACCGUUCCUGAAAGAAGCGUUCAGCAAACCACGGAACCGAGCCAGGAUCCAACCAAGGUCAAUCGAGUGCCCAACUCUAACAACAACCCUGAAAAGGCGAGGUAUGGCAAGUCUGACCCAGUGACGGUGCGACUUCCGCCAGCACCAAAAACGCCGAAGAACAUAGCUGAACCAGUGGAAGCUGCAUUAAUCAUCGAUGGCGAGAUACGGACUCUCCGUUACCAACUUCUGGAUUGGCAAGGAAAUCCUGUAGCGCCUCCAGACUUCGAGAAUCUUGCGAGGAUUAUGACCUUACAACUCCUGCCUUUCAAAUUCCCUAUUGGACGACCUCAAGAAACGGUUGUGCUGCCAUCAGAGGAGGACGAAAAGGCUGCUGAGAGACGUGUGGAAGAAAGAAUUACAAGAGAUGAUAAGGAGGAGAAAGAAAAGUUCGACGAGGACUGGCAGAUCGAGGAUGGGCCAGAAAUCACGACCAACGAUGGUAUCGGUGUCGCCAUCGGCUUGAUUGUGUUCGCCGCCACAGUAUUCUAUUGGGCCUUGGGAGACCGCUCGCGAUAUCUUCAUGAACCGCUUCUGUACUGUACAUCUUAUUUAGGGCUCACUAACCGUAAUUAA